AUGAGGCGGAAGAAACUGAAGCUGCAGAAUCUGGAUGCAGAGAUCCGAGCUACAGCCGGUGAUGUACCGCCAAUAUUCCGAGGAGUAGUGGCCCAUGUCAACGGGUACACGCAGCCAUCGCUGCAGGACCUUCAUCGGAUGAUCGUCAGCCACGGCGGCGGGUUUCUGCAAUAUCUGGACGGCAAGACAGUCGCGACUCACAUCAUUGCCAGUGCUCUUACACCCAAGAAACGGGAAGAGUUUCGCCGGUAUCGCAUAGUCAAACCUGCCUGGGUGACAGACAGUAUCAAAGCAGGGCGCUUAUUGUCAUGGGAUGAAUAUAGAAUUGUAGAUGAAGGCCAUGCACAAAAGGUCCUCAAGUUCGGUGACGGCCAAUUCACGAGUCAGACAAACACCCCUCGUUCAGGCUACAAGGACCAAUCCAGAAGCAGUUGGUAUAACUCCCGACUGCGAGAUAUGGAGAAUAUGGACACAAGCCUUGGGUCCUCGCCAAACCCUGUGACGCCAUCUACACACCGAAAGCCUUCACAAUUGCAAGAGGACUUACCAGCCAAGCCAAGCCAGCAAUCCCAGUCAGAUUAUGGCGAUUUUCCUAGCUCCAUUAUCCAGGAAGUGGAGGACACUCUAGCCACGGCAAAAACCGAGACACAUCCCAUCAGCAAUGACGCGGGGCUCAGAAAGGCAUCAGAGCAACCCUUGCAGACGAGUGAAGAUUUCGGACCGGCUGAUGCCUCUAAGUCUUCUAUGCUCAAAAAUCCUAGCUCCACCAAAGAGGAUUUGACAUCCGAAGAAUACAACGCACAGCUCCUUUCCGAUCCACGAAUGAAGAAGUCAAGCGUCGUGAAUCCAGACUUCUUGCAGCAAUAUUAUAAAGAAUCCCGACUUCAUCACCUAUCCACCUGGAAGGCGGAGCUGAAAGCUCAACUGCAAGCAGCGACAACUGAAAAAACGCAGUCUCAGGCAUUGAAGAGAAAGUCGAUACCUGGUUCGCGAAGGUACAUAUUACACGUGGAUUUCGACUCUUUCUUUGCUGCCGUUUCGCUUCUCAAACACCCGGAAUUAAAAGACAAGCCGGUUGCUAUUGCUCAUGGAUCGGGGUCGGGCUCUGAAAUCGCCAGUUGUAACUAUCCCGCUCGUGCACAGGGCGUCCGGAAUGGCACCUGGAUGAAAGGGGCUUUAGAGUCCUGUCCCGACCUCAAGGUUCUUCCUUACGAUUUCCCAGCCUAUGAGGAUGCAAGUCGCAAGUUCUACAGCGCGAUACUUGCCAUUGAUGGCACUGUGCAAAGUGUCAGUAUUGAUGAAGCUUUGAUUGAUAUCACCGGCUUAUGCUCGGAAGCCGGUGGCUCAGAUGGAGAGGCUAUAUCGGAGGGCUCGAUCGGCCGGGAGCAAGACAAAGCAGAUCAUAUUGCCUUGAAUUUGCGAAAUUUGAUUAAAGAGAAGACCGGAUGUGCGGUCUCCGUUGGUAUUGGGGGUAAUAUUCUGCUUGCAAAGGUAUCUCUGAGAAAGGCAAAACCCGCUGGCCAGUUCCAGUUGAAGCCUGAUGCAGUUUUGGACUUUCUUGGGGACCUCACUGUUCGUGACCUACCAGGUGUAGGCCAUAGCAUGGCGGCCAAGCUUGAAGAGUUGGGCGCAAAGUUUGUUAGAGACAUGAGAAACCUCCCGAAAGAGAGACUCAUAUCUGCCUUAGGGCCCAAGACUGGAAUUAAAAUGUGGGAAUAUGCUCGUGGAAUCGAUCGAACGGAAGUCGGCGACCAAGUCACCAGAAAGUCGGUCUCCGCCGAGGUAAAUUGGGGCAUUCGAUUUGUGAAUCAAGACCAAGCGGACGAGUUUGUACGGUCUCUAUGCUCGGAGCUGAAUCGAAGGUUGAUGGAAAACCUGGUCAAGGGAAAGCAACUCACCCUCAAGGUCAUGCGACGAUCGAUGGAUGCACCACUUGAAGCGGUAAAGCAUCUCGGCCAUGGUAAAUGCGAUACAUUCAACAAAAGUGUUGCUCUCGGAGUCGCAACAAAUGCACCAGAUGUGGUGGCAAAGGAAGCGAUCUCAAUGCUAAGAAGCUUCAAUUUUUCGCCCGGGGACUUGAGAGGCCUGGGGGUGCAGAUGACGAAGCUUGAACCUCUCAAGACUGGGUCCUCUGGACUCGAGAGCAGCCAGAGACAACUCAAUUUCGGCGUCUCCCCGCCUCGCAAGAAAGCCAUUCCAGCUGCAGACCCCGAUGAGCUGGAGAGUCCACACAAAGAUGAAUCCGUUCGGAUCCAGGCGGAUCCAGUUCUCAGCGACAGUGCCCACAAGCCUCUGAAUAUCUCCGGGUCCCAGUUCAUUAUGCCUACCCAGGCAGACCCCAAGGUGGUGGCUGAAUUGCCUUCAGAUAUCAGGUCUAAACUUGUUGCACAGUCAAAACCGCGGCAGAAUUUCCGCGCAGGAUCCGCAUGCCCUCCACCGCGUGAAGAACGGCCAGUUAGCCAAGUAGCCUUGCCUCCACAGUCACAACUUGACCCUGAAACAUUGGCUGCCUUACCUGAGGACGUUCGUUCAGAAGUGCUGGGAUAUUAUCAACAAUCAGCACCAACUACUACGCCGACGCCUGAGCCACCUGGACCUACACCGCAUCCACCAACGCUUCCAGCUUCUCUCAAAUUACGAAGGCCGGUUUCUCCGCCUAAAAAGAGGCGUGGUCGCCCACCCAAGGCGGUAACACUUGCGAGACUCGCGAAGACUCAAACUCUCGAUCAAUCGGGGUUUGGAUCCGUUCGUCCUCGGUCAGCGGUCCCAUCUACCAGUACUGAGGGGAGAUUGUCUAGACGGGCGUCACCACAUGUCGAGGACCCGGACGAAGUCUCAGCCGAUUUCCUUGACGCCUUACCUGAAGACAUAAAGCAAGAGAUCCUGGAAGAACAGAAGCGCAAACGCCUGCAGCAGCGCCAACGAGCCAACGCGGCAGAAAGAGCGCAAAGACUUUCGUCUCGACAACAGGAGGCUCCUCGCAGGGUUGAGAGGCGUCUUCCACUGCCACCUCUCCCCCCAAAGCCUGUGUUUACAUCCCAGCGUCUGUCGCAGCUGCCCGAUCUACGGGAUGCCGUCAGAGCAUGGCAUGAAACUUUUGCAGCCGGUGGCCCGUAUGAGGAAGAUGUUGAUUCGCUGUGUUCAUAUCUGACCAGUGUAACCUUCGGCGAGAAAGAUGUGGACAAGGCGGUCUCAGUUGUCCGGUGGUUGAUGUGGUUGGUCGAAGAUCACUUGCAGGAAGAGCCUGACAAUGGUCAAGGAUCACCAGUGGAAGAAACUAUAUCGUGGCAAGCGGCGAUUGAACUUAUGCAAAACAGUGUACAGGCAGCUUUGGCAAAGAGAGGGCUACCGGAAACCAUGACGCCUGUUACAGAGGGCCCGUUUUCAUUCAACGUCGAUACUUUCUACGUCUCCGCAUCUGGCGGACAGAUCCAUCGGCGUGCAGCGCCCCCUGAAAUCAAAGCUCUUUACGAUACAAGCACCGACAGCCAGGGCACAAAUGACCAUCCUGGGCAUUGGUAUGAGGCCCAACUUCUUCACUAUGGACUCCCACCAUCCAAAGUCAAAGCAACCGCCAAGAUGAAACUGUUGAAGGCCCUACAAGGUGGGGGUCUGAGUGUUCCUAAAGAAGUGAAUCAGAUCGAGAACAAACUGAAAAAGGCUGAAAAAGGCAUGGAAAAAAAAAAAACAAUCGGACGAGAAACUCACCGGCCUUGGUUACGAAGAGACCAAUACCAAGACUGUCACUACCAAGACUGUCACGAAGACAACUCAUACGGUGGAGCCCCCGCCGCGAAGACCCCCAAAGAAAAGGCGGUAGCUACCAAGAAGACUCCGGCAACAAAAGCACCAGGGAAGAACCCCCCAGCGGGUAAGGCUACCACCAAGAAAGCGACGGGACCAAAAGCCCCCACCGCCAAAGCUCCGGCACCCAAGAGGAAGAGGGCGGCGAACGAUGAAGGAGCUGCAAACCCCCAGACCACCAAACGCCAGGCAACUGGUGGUGUAAAGUUGCAGAACACGGGAAACAGCAAUUUCAUCUCCCAGGGUCACCAAAAACCCAGUGAAUGGAAUGGGCCUGGCUACGAUGGGCCUGGCUACGAUGGGCCUGGCUACAAUGAGUUUGGAUAUGAUGAGGAUGGAUAUGAUGAGAAUGGCUAUGAUGAGAAUGGCUACGACGAGGAUGGCUGCGAUGACGCGCCCCCCUCGUAUGAUUCUGUCUACGGACCGGGUGGUGGAAUGGCCUAUGGUGAUGCGUACUAUGGCGAGCAAACGGACUCCGAUUACUACUAG